CUUCCCUCCUAGCUUGUGUCUGCUACCCCAGGACCACCGCCCACCAGAAUUUUGGAACUCCAACAAGAUGGCUGCUGGUGUGAUCCGGUCUGUCUGUGACUUCCGGUUGCCUCUACCAACACACCAGUCCUUCCUGCCCACAGACCUGGAGGCUCCAGAAACUUCUGAAGAGGAAGAAGAGGAGGAGGAGGAGGAGGAGGAAGAGGAGGAGGAAGAGGAAGAGAGAGACCAGGAGCUGCAAGAUGAGGUGCCACAGGGCUGUAGACCAGACUCCCAGAGCUCAGGAGUGGCUCCCCAGAGUCCCAGCAGCCCUGAGACCCCAAUGCAGCUGCUGCGCUUCUCAGAGCUCAUCAGUGGCGACAUCCAGCGGUACUUUGGACGCAAGGACACAGGGCAGGACCCAGAUGCCCAAGACGUCUAUUCUGACAGACCACCAGCCGGCCGCUCCGCCCGGGACCUGUACUAUGCCGACCUAGUAUGCCUGGCCGGGGAUGGGCCCCCAGAGGAUGAGGAGGCUCCUGAACUCAGUGUGCCUUUGCCUGGGGGGCCUGAGGGUCAGGUGCACAGGCUGGGCCCCAGAGGAGACAGGGUGCCACCACUGGGCCCCCUGGCCGAGCUCUUUGACUAUGGGCUUCUGCGGUUCUCCAGACCCAGAGUGUCAGCCUGUCAAAGACUGAGGCUGGAGCGCAAGUACAGCCACAUCACCCCCAUGACCCAGAGGAAGCUGCCACCAUCCUUCUGGAAGGAGCCUGUGCCCAACCCUCUAGGCCUCCUGCAUCCAGACACACCGGAUUUUAGUGAUCUUCUGGCCAGCUGGUCUGCUGAGGGUAGCGCCGAGCUGCAGAGUGGAGGUACCCAGACCCUGGAGGGGACACAACUGACUGAGAUCUAA